AUGCCUGGAGUUUGGCUGAGUGAGAUCACUGAUGAUCCUGAAGAACUGAUUGCAAAGAGUGGAACCCAUGGAAUCUACUAUGAGCCCCGGUCAGCCUGCGGACGCUUCCCCAAUGGAAGCUAUCAUGUGACCUGGCUACAGAAUGCAACGUUUCAGGAUGCCAAGUAUGCCCAGCAGACAUCACCUCAAUCCACAUCACUGGCACGACAUGGAGAAAGAUAUGGAUUACGCUCAGACACGUUGAAUGCACAGGAAAUCCACACCAAACAUCGCCCAGAUGUACCGCUUCUGCUAGGCCAGAGCAAAAAGAUGUAUGCCAUUGGACCUCUGCCAUACUCCACCACCAAAAGUGCAAUCCACAAAUUGCUCAAAGCCUGGAAGUGGGAAGGACGGCCGAUCCAACCCAAAGGGCGUAGCCAAGACGGAACAGGCAUUACCUGGGCAAUCCAGGCCACUGAAGAUCCAAGUCACUGGGUUUUCACACUCCAACAUGGCGAUGUGCUCGUCACGAAGUUGAAGGAGGACAAACCAGUUGACAUGCCUGCACCAUACUCCAUCGUAGCCAGCAGAAAGACCCUGCAGCACUUGCAAGCGAAUGCCACAAAUGCAGACAACGUUGAUCCAUGGCUGGCCUAUGACCCAUGGAAACAAGGAAACCAGCCAAAAGCAUCAAUGCAGCCAGGGACGCCAAGCCUCACCACGUCCCAACUGGCAGCCAUUGAGAACAACAUCGAGAAGAAGGUCCUCCAAGCCAUGUCGACACGAGUGCCUCCCCCAGAAACGGACGUCAACAUGGAUUCACAGGCACUGGAGUCUCGAGUUCAACAGUUGGAAAGCCAUCUGCACCAUGUUCAAAAUGUGCAGACAUGCGUUGAAGCCAAAGUUGGACAGAUAGAACAACAAGUUCAUCAGGUCCAGAUCUCACAGCAUGGAGUGGAAUCCACCAUAGGCCAACUCCAGCAGAAGUUGGAUCAGCAGAGUCACCACAUGGGUAGAACCCUUGAUGCCAAGCUUGCCGAACAGAUGGACAAAAUCGAGGCCUUGCUCUGCAAACGGGGCCGACACGAGCUAGGGGAAGCCUCACAUCCAGGUCCUCAUGUCUUUGGCAACGCAAACCCCACCGGUCUGAUGGGGAAGAGUGCAGAUCUUGGAUCACUGGGCUCUACCAGUGUAACUGUGGCAGUACAAGAGACGCACUUGACCUCUCAAGGGAUUAGUAAGUUCAAGAAAGAGUUGACCUGGCAGAAUACAGGUAUGCACCUAUCACACGCAGUCCAAAUCAUCGAUGAAACAACGCUCGCCAUGCCAAUCUACUCAGCCGAAAAUUUGGGUGAUGAGAUCCAGAUGUCCCAGCUUGUCGGUGAUGUGCCGGCAAUUCUCUCAGCUUUUGAAAAUGAAUGGGCUCCCAGGUGGCAAAAACAUGAUGAUGUUGACCCCGAAAAGUGGCAACCCAUUCUUUCCUUUUUAAAAGCAGCCAUCCCGAAGCGCGAGGUAGAUUUCCCACAAAUUUCCCUUGAACAAUGGCGCAGUGCCAUAGCAAAGAAAAAGAAAGCAGCAGCAGUUGGACCAGACGGUGUUUCCCGAAUGGACAUGCUCAAAGCACCGGAAGUAGCCCACAGAUCCAUGAUAGACAUGAUCACAGCGAUUGAGGCGGUCCUAGUAGAGUUUUGCCAGCUGUUAGACAUGCAGGUCGAUCCCACCAAAAGCUAUAUGUGGUCCACUACGCCACAAGGAAGAAAACUCAUCCUUGACUCCGACCAAAACAAACAACUUUUUGCACGAGACCUUGGUGGCCACAUGAAUUAUACCAGACUUGCUACCAACAGCACCGUGCAAGCCAAAAUUGAGACCUUCCAGCCAUUCUGGUCGAGAUUGGCCAGAUCUUGUGCACCCUUGUCCCAAAAAGAGCGGUCCCUUUAUGUAGCAGCAUGGCCCAACCUUUUCUACGGGGUAAGUACCGUGACCUUAGGCAAUAACCACUACUUGAAGCUGCGCACCGCAGCGACAAAAGCGUUAGGUUUGCACCAAAUGGGAGCUAAUCCCAUGCUCCAGUUGUCAUGUGUCAGCCCAGUUAGAACAGACCCAGAAUUCUACAGUGUCCUUGCCACCAUCAAUGCCUUUAGGGAGUUUCAAACGCCGGACCUGGCGCACCAGGUGCUUGAAUCACAAGUACUACAAGGCAGACCCACACCAGGGCCGUGCAAAAGUUUUUUGAUUGCCAUCCAUAAACUUGCAUGGUCUUGGGUUGCCGCAGAUGUGUGUCUGGAUCAGUUUGGCCUGCCAGUCUCUAUCCAGAGGAGCCCCAAGCAAGAACUGGUAGAAAGAGUUAGUGAGGCGUGGCAGCAACGCGUUUUAGCCCUAGUAGAAGCUGACAGAACAACGAUGAAAGACCUAGGACAAAUGCACGUGGGCCUCACCCGCGAAACUUUUCAGAAGCUGCCACAAGAACACCAAGGACUCAUGCGAUGCGCGCUCAAUGGCACUCAGUACACAGCAGAUGCACUCCACCAUGCCAAUCAGGUUGAAAGCCCAAAUUGUGUGUUUUGUGGGGGAAGUGACAGCUUGUACCACCGUCACUGGGACUGUCCGCAUUUUGCAGACUUGCGUCCUAAUCCUGAGCUGCUCGGUGGUAUUGACACUACCACCCCUAAUGCCACAACAUGUCAUGGAUGGAUUAAAACACCACCGAGUUUGUUGCCGUUUCGGAAGCAGUUGUUGCAGAUCAAAGACACCACUUGCAGGUUCUUUCCCCCUCCACAUGUGGACAAUGAAGUUAAAUAUCUCGAUCUUUUCCUUGAUGGUAGUUGUGCCAAUCCAACAGACCCAUACACGAGACUUGCCACGUGGGCAGUUGUUCAGUGGACGGGGAAACAAUUUUGGCCUAUUGCUCAAGGAGGAGUCCCAGGACUGAGGCAAACCAGCCUCAGAGGUGAAAUCCAUGCAGCCAUGGCCGCUUUGAAAUAUGCAGUUUCAAUAAACAUGCCAUGUAGACUUUGGAUAGAUAAUGCAAGGGUUUGUAAAGUCCUCACCCAGUGGACUGAAGGUAUAGACGUAGACUUGGAUAAAAGCAAAGAUGCGGAUUUAUGGCACCAGCUCCGCGACCAGUUCAGACAUGUUGCCAGGACCAUUUCCAGCAUCCACAAAAUCCAGGCACACGCAGAUACUAUAAACCAGUUGCACCCCCUCGAUGAGUGGGCAGUACAGGGAAAUCAAUCAGCAGAUCACCAUGCCUCAAGAGCUCGGGCGUUAUUGAGCCCCCAACUUCAUCAAGCACGCGACCAGCUAGUCGCUGAACUUCACCGAGCUCGUAAACUAGGCUUAGAACUGCAUAACUUCUUUGUAGCGGUGUGUUGCCGAGCAAUGCAAUCCACGCGACAGCCGGAACCAGCCCAACCAGCAGGAACAGACGCCAAUGCAGCACCAGAAUGUGACGCAGGAAUCCUGAAACUAGCGCAGACCAAUAUGACCGACCUUCCAGCGAAAUUUCAUAAUGAAGACACAGAACAAGUAAUGAAGUGGAUAACCACUCUGACAGAUGCAAGCCAACCAAUCCUUUGGGUGACAUUCCACCAACUUUUGGUGGAUUUUCAAAUGCACACUGACAAGAUUGGACCACGGUUUGAAGGAAAGAGAUGGUUCGCUACGCAUGAUGACAUGUCAUACAGUUACAAGAAACAUGUUGCGUGGUUCUCAAGGUUCAUGCAAGGUAUAAGCACUGCGGUUGAAUCUACUUUACAGAUCCAACAAUGCCGACCUAGCAGCCAUGUACUGAACUUUUGGUGUGGCGCAAUACAAAUUCACUUCAACACGGAGAGACUUAACAGACUGGACGACUUUUUCAAACAGUACGCUACGGCGUUACCGGCCCGUCAGAUCGCACGUGAUCUUUCACGCCUUCCUCCAGGUCGUUGGCCGACUUAG